AUGGGCAAGAAGCAGGUGCGCCCCCCACGAGCUCUUCCACCUGUGCCAAGUACUGCCCAAGAUGAUAUCCCACUUAAUCGUCCUAAGAAAAAGAAGUCCAGGCCAAAAAACACACUUGUCAGUACCUCUUUGGAUGGUCUUGUCCAGGCUGCUGUCCGUGGGCCUUCUGAAGUCAGUGAGCCAACGAAAGAGCCCACGGAGCAGCCAGAAGCUCCUGGUCAAAGGAGAAACAAGAAGACAAGACUUCCCCUUGAAUUGGAGACUUCCUUUCCCCAAAGAAAGGCAUCCAGUCCGUCUUCAUUACGCAAUGAAAAUGGCCUGGAUGUGGAGCCAGCUGAGGAGGCAGUGAUUCAAAAACCUCGAAAAAAGACAAACAGGAAGACGAAGCCACCAGAAUCACAGUAUGCCAAUGAGCUAGGCGUGGAAGAUGAAGACAUAAUUACUGACGAGCCAAACAGUGUAGAGCAGCGCACUGUCUUCACUGCCCCCACUGGCACCAGCCAGCCUGUGGGCAAAAUAUUUGUGGAAAAAAGCCGGCGGUUCCAGGCCGCGGAUCGGUCAGAGCUGAUAAAGACCACAGGAAAUGUAGAAAUGUCCAUGGACAUGAAGCCCUCCUGGACGACUAGAGAUGUGGCUCUCUCCAUACACCGGGCUUUCAGGAUGCUUGGUCUCUUUUCUCACGGCUUCUUGGCUGGCUGUGCCGUGUGGAAUACUGUUGUGAUAUAUGUUCUGGCAGGAGAUCAGCUCUCGAACCUUUCCAACCUUCUGCAGCAGUACAAGACCUUGGCCUAUCCAUUCCAGAGUCUCCUCUACUUGCUUUUGGCUCUAAGUACUGUCUCAGCUUUUGACAGAAUCGACUUUGCUAAGACAUCGGUGGCAAUCCGGAGUUUGCUUGCCUUGGAUCCAACCGCUUUAGCAUCUUUCUUGUACUUCACUGCUCUGACCCUAUCUCUGAGCCAACAAAUGACAAGUGACAGGAUCCACCUGUACACACCUGCCUCUGUCAAUGGGAGCCUCUGGGCAGCCGGAACUGAGGAGCAGAUUCUGCAGCCGUGGAUGGUGGUGAAUCUGGUGCUAGCUCUGCUGGUUGGAUUGUCCUGGCUCUUUUUAUCUUAUCGGCCUGAGAUGGAUCUUAGUGAAGAGCUGAUGUUCUCCUCAGGUGUGGAAGAGUCUCCUGCUCAAGGCCCAAGGACCAAAGGCUCCGCAUAAGACCAGCUCACCUGCAGAAUAAGGAUGACCCAGUAUUUAUAAAC